CCUACACAUCUUUGGUGUCCACCAUCUCGGAGCAACUCGAUCGAGCCUACUGUUCGCGUUCCCGUGAGAUUAAUCCGUGGUUACUGUUGGGGCUAAACCAGAGUGACGAAUUUUCACGUUCGAUGGAGCUUGCAGCUCAGGAUUUACCACUUCGACAAACAAGUUCAGCAGAAUGUGAUUGGUGCCAUGCAAUGGAUGAACGCAACAAUCAGUCGCAGGAUAUUGGCUUCGAUCCAGUCGAUUUGGAAGUGCUGGUAAAGAAGUUGCAUCAGCAUCGUCUACUUGAAACCCUCCGCCCAACACAUUUGCUAACACCGCUACCACUUGGAUUAGCCACUGUGAUCUUACAGCAUCACUUGGGAGUGACGAAGAAAUCCAGUUUGCCUUCUGACAGUCUGCUUUCAUCGUCUGCUCACUUACCGAACAACUCUCCGCUGCUCGGACUGGAUGCGGUAGACCCAAUUCAGUUCUACCAUUGGGCACCUUUAUUGACUACAAGCAUGAUGCUCUUGCGGCAUUCCUCGUCCACCACACCUACUAAAAGCUCAGAUCUCGUUGUGGUUGUUGGUGGCAUAAGCAUUAAGGAACAACCAACGACACUGCAUCCAAUUCUAUCUCUGAAGCUUGGUAACGGGCCACUUUCUGUUCUACCGCCGUCUUCUCCCGCACAAGUUUCUCCCAGGAAUGCCUGGCUUUCGAUGACACAGUCAGUCAAUCACGUGGUAUCUUUGCGGCGUUUUCGGGUCCCGUGCUACUGUCGUUGGGCAAUCAGUCCAGAUCCUAAGGAUAACGUUAAGAGAUCUGGCUCCGAUUCGAAUUCUCCAAAACUUGCGUCCAACCUCCAACCUGAUCGUUCCCCUAGGCUCUUUUAUCCGUUUUUCAAUGAAGUUCGUAAUGCCUGGCUUUCGAUGACACAGUCAGUCAAUCACGUGGUAUCUUUGCGGCGUUUUCGGGUCCCGUGCUACUGUCGUUGGGCAAUCAGUCCAGAUCCUAAGGAUAACGUUAAGAGAUCUGGCUCCGAUUCGAAUUCUCCAAAACUUGCGUCCAACCUCCAACCUGAUCGUUCCCCUAGGCUCUUUUAUCCGUUUUUCAAUGAAGUUCGUGUUAUCCUGACAUCUCGAUCACUCUCGAGUACUCCCGUUCGAAACCCUCCCAUCGGCCAUGAAUCUCGCUGUACCUGUCUAAGACUCUUGUCCACAUUGUCCGCUCAGUGCACCCCGACCCAUGUGCCACUGACGGCCAUUCAACGUAAUGAUUCGUUUCCAGUCUCAAAUGGCUACAACCACCAGCAAACCGUUUCGAAUUGUGAAGCUACCAUCACUGUCAGUCCCCAAAAAGCGGGUCAUGGAGACACAGAAAGUGUUACCACCACUCGUGACCCAUGCUGCAACUCCAAGUGCGCAGAUUUCGCCCAUUGCCUUCUUCAGCCCCAUCAAUGGACCGAUCUGAUUAGUCGCUACUUGCAGUUGGUGGAAGAGUUCGCUAAGAUUCGCAUGCUGGUCAAAUAUAAUUUGUUUUCUUCUUUGCGUCGUGAUGUUUGCGGAUAUCAUUUGCAAGUUUUCUGGUGUCAUAGCGUCAGGGCAGGUGAAGAGAUACAACAGAAACUGAGUGUCCGCGCAGACCGAGAAGCUUGGUGGACCCGAAAGGUUGAAGAAAUGAAAGAUGCAAAGAAUGCUGGAAACGUGCGCAAAUUGUUCCACUUGAUUCGUUCGACUGGUCCUCGGAAACCUCUUGUCAGCGAAGUAAUCAGGGGCAAAAAUGGCAGCAAAGCAGAACGUUUAGACCGCUGGGCACAGUACUUCGAGCAGCAGUUCAGCUGGCCAUCUGCCACCUCCACUCCAGAAACUUGGCCUUCAACAGAAAGGUGGACCGUAAAUAUGGAGCCGCCUUUAGUCUCAGAAUUGUCCGAAUGCAUUUCUCUACUCAAGCGUCAUCGUGCUGCUGGUCCUGAUGACCUUUCCACCUGCUCUUUUCAAGGAUGGCGGUGGAUUCCUCAGCCACUACCAUCCUCAUCCCGUCACUCUAAUCCAUGGAUUCGUUUGGAUGCGAAUCACGUGUGUCUGCUUUACCGCUUGCAAGUGCUUCGUGAGCAAGGACUCCCUGAUGAUCUCCAUACACUCCUUGCCUGUCGGAUCAAUGAGCGCCUCUGUGAACUCUCUCCAGAUGUAGCAGAUCUGAGUAGUGAAGUGGGAGUUGAUCGGAAAACCUUGGAUAUUAUAUCCUCCACUGUGUCCGCAAGCAAACACGCUGGAAUCAACCUGUCUCAUUUUUCAACAAGGUCUUAUGGAUCUGCCGACGCUUCGUCGUUUUCCAUCACAACUGAGAAGGAAACUUCACCGCUUGUACCUGAGGACGCAGCUUCUGUUUCCGUGACCACACGUGAGAAACAUUCGCGCAGGGUAAAUACUUCCCUGCAUCCGUAUAUCGAAACCAAAAAUGAAGCGGCAGAGUCACACAAGUGCUUGGCAUGCCAAACAGCUGGUCAGCCUAUCACACUGUUGGAUUAUCCCGCAGGCAGUCGUCACCCGCUUCCAAAACCGCGAUCUUCGCCAUCUGCGAGGAUAACUCAACCGAAUACCACUUCCCACGGGGGGCAGAAGAAUUCAAACUCAACUCUCCCUUGUUUAUGCGACAACCUACCAUACCCCACUUACACGUUGCCUGGCUUUGGUGGUAAGCAGCGCAGGAUUAACAAAUACCCUGAUGAUAACUUGUGCUCAAUACCCCGUAGCAUACAUCGAUCGCGGCGACAGAAGCGCAUCACAAAACCCAUUUCUACGCCACCGUUGCUGUUGGUACCGCUCGGUCGAACACAUCAGAGCCUCCGGGGUUCUGCCAAUACAAAGCAUGAGCUUGCAAAUCGGAAACAAAAAGCUCGUCAUAUCCGCGGUGUAUCUUUUGAGGACGUUCCCGUCCCCCGAUGUUCAUGCCCACACUUCCUUCCAACAGAAACAGAACAAAAUCUCUCGUUUAAGAAAUAUCCGGUUGUUUGUUCUACGGAAUUUCGUCGAGAACGUUCGCGAUUUUAUCCUGAGCCCCACUACUUCACAAUGCUCUAUUGUCACUCAAACAACCGUCGAUCUCCGCUGCCGCCAAUUGGCUUCCCGUCUCAUCUAUCAUCCUCGUGUUCGUAUCGUUCCUCCUCCGACUUUUCCGGCUUCUCGAAAUCUACCUCGGAUCUCUCGGACACACUGUCCCUCGGGGACUAUUCGAUUACUUUGGAUGCGACUGACUAGCGUCUCUGUGUCUGCUUUUCAGUGGUUGUCAGCUAGAUCGUUCCAGUGUGAGAUGACCACGUCACUGCAUAGAUGGGUACGUGCGCCUUUUCUUCGUUCAUGCAUUUCUACGCACUAAAUUGUUAUAUUCUGUGCCAAAUCACAACCUAAAACCGACAAAUACAGACGAACGAUGGCGAAACCGCGAUAUUUGACCCUCGACUUCAAGGUUAGCCCCAUCCAACUCCAUAUCAGUGGGUUGGGGCGGGAGUCACAAUUAUGUGCAAUAAGCAAAGCAUAGCUAUGUGAACCGUGAUUAUUCAAUCCAUUUAAUCUUGUUUAACUUGCCAGUUUGUUGUUUUGUUUCUUCUCUUGUUUGUUUUUCUAUUUCUUUCAAUGUGGAAAUAAAGCGCG